ACAGUGGCUGUGGUCAAGCUUCAUUGCACUCGCCAUUCUGAACUUUUACUGAGUACUGCUGUCAGAGUAAAAGUACUUCGCAUACAUUUAGAGUAGGUCAAGUAAUAUAUUCUACCUUCAGAGCAAAAAGCUUGUUAGAUAAAUUACUACUGUCAGACUAGAGUGCUGCUGUCAGGCCAAAGUGCUACUGUUACAUUAAAAAUAACUACUGUCAGAGCAAAAAGCUCUGCUACAGAAAAAAAGAUAGUUAAUCUGACAGCAGUCAUAUAGAUAGUUAAUCUGACAAUAGCUCAUCUGACAGCAGACAUAUUGAUAGUUAAUCUGACGUCAGACAUACAGAUAGCUAAUCUGACGUCAGACAUAUAGAUAGUUUAUCAGACAGCAGACAUAUAGAUAGCUAAUCUGAAAGCAGCCAUAUAGAUUUUUAAUCUGACGUCAGACAAAUAGAUAGUUCAUCUGACAGCAGGCAUAUAGAUAGUUAAUCUGACAGCAGACAUAUAGAUAGUUAAUCUGACAGCAGACAUAUAGAUGUUUAAUCUGACAGCAGACAUAUAGAUAGUUAAUCUGACAGUAGCCAUAUAGAUUUUUAAUCUGAGAGCAGACAUAUAGAUAGUUAAUCUGAGAGUAGAACGGUACAUUAAUAAUUUCUUUCUUGUUUUUUCCAGCUGUGAACAAAGGGCAAAUAACCUUUGAUACAAGAUGAAUUGUGCCCCUUUGCUCGCUGCACUUGUUUCUCUUGUGAUGGGUUUCGGCGGUGCAGGUAAACAUAUAACAGUGUUAUGGGCAGUCUCCUCUAAGUAAACAUAUAACAGUGGAAUGUGCAGUCUCCUCUAAGUAAACAUAUAACAGUGGAAUGUGCGGUUUUCUUUAUGUAAAUAUAUAACAGUGUAAUGGGGAGUGUCCGUUAAAUAUCUAUAGCACAGUGUCAAUAGCAUUCUCUUUAAGAACGUACUUGCUUUUGCACACCAUCAGGCAAACAUUUUUACUGAAAUUGGUCAAAUAAUAUCAAUAAUCUUAGCGCCAUUAGGAGGUCAAAUGAUAUAAAGAAUCUUAACACCAUUAGGAGGUCAAAGGAUGUAAAGAAUCUUAACACCAUUAGGAGGUCAAAUGAUAUAAAGAAUAUUAACACCAUUUUAGGAGGUCAAAUGAUAUAAAGAAUCUUAACGCCAUUAGUAGGUCAAAUGAUAUAAAGAAUCUUAACGCCAUUAGGAGGUCAAAUGAUAUAAAAAAUCUUAACGCCAUUAGUAGGUCAAAUGAUAUAAAUAAUCUUAACACCAUUAGUAGGUCAAAGGAUAUAAAGAAUCUUAACACCAUUAGUUGGUGAAAGGAUAUAAAGAAUCUUAACGCUAUUAGGAGGUCAAAGGAUAUAAAGAAUCUUAACGCCAUUUAAUGGGGCCAAAUGAUAUAAAGAAUCUUAACGCCAUUAGGAGGUCAAAUGAUAUAAAGAAUCUUAACGCCAUUAGGAGGUCAAAUGAUAUAAAGAAUCUUAAUGCCAUUAGGAGGUCAAAUGAUAUAAAGAAUCUUAACGCCAUUAGUAGGUCAAAUGAUAUAAAAAAUCUUAAUGCCAUUAGUAGGUCAAAUGAUAUAAAGAAUCUUAACGCCAAUAGUUGGUGAAAUGAUAUAAAAAAUCUUAAUGCCAUUAGUAGGUCAAAUGAUAUAAAGAAUCUUAAGGCCAUUAGUUGGUGAAAGGAUAGAAAGAAUCUUAACACCAUUAGUUGGUGAAAUGAUAUAAAUAAUCUUAACACCAUUAGUUGGUGAAAGGAUAAAAGAAUCUUAACACCAUUAGUUGGUGAAAGGAUAUAAAGAAUCUUAACACCAUUAGUUGGUGAAAUGAUAUAAAGAAUCUUAACACCAUUAGUUGGUGAAAUGAUAUAAAGAAUCUUAACACCAUUAGGAGGUCAAAGGAUAUAAAGAAUCUUAACACCAUUAGUUGGUGAAAGGAUAUAAAGAAUCUUAUCGCCAUUAGUUGGUGAAAGGAUAUAAAGAAUCUUAACACCAUUAGGAGGUCAAAUGAUAUAAAGAAUCUUAACACCAUUAGUUGGUGAAAGGAUAUAAAGAAUCUUAACGCCAUUAGGAGGUCAAUGAUAUAAAAAAUCUUAACGCCAUUAGGAGGUCAAAGGAUAUAAAGAAUCUUAACGCCAUUAGGAGGUCAAAUGAUAUAAAGAAUCUUAACGCCAUUAGGAGGUCAAAUGAUAUAAAGAAUCUUAACGCCAUUAGGAGGUCAAAUGAUUUAAAGAAUCUUAACGCCAUUAGUAGGUCAAAUGAUAUAAAGAAUCUUAACGCCAUUAGUUGGUGAAAGGAUAUAAAGAAUCUUAACGCCAUUAGGAGGUGAAAGGAUAUAAAGAAUCUUAACGCCAUUAGGGGGUCAAAUGAUAAAAGAAUCUUAACGCCAUUAGGAGGUCAAAUGAUAUAAAGAAUCUUAACGCCAUUAGGAGGUCAAAUGAUAUAAAGAAUCUUAACACCAUUAGUUGGUGAAAGGAUAUAAAGAAUCUUAACGCCAUUAGGAGGUCAAAGGAUAUAAAGAAUCUUAACGCCAUUAUUUGGUGAAAUGAUAUAAAAAAUCUUAAUGCCAUUAGUAGGUCAAAUGAUAUAAAGAAUCUUAACGCCAUUAGGAGGUCAAAUGAUAUAAAGAAUAUUAACGCCAUUAGGAGGUCAAAUGAUAUAAAGAAUCUUAACGCCAUUUUAGGAGGUCAAAUGAUAUAAAGAAUCUUAACGCCAUUAGUAGGUCAAAUGAUAUAAAGAAUCUUAACGCCAUUAGGAGGUCAAAUGAUAUAAAAAGAAUCUUAACGCCAUUAGUAGGUCAAAUGAUAUAAAUAAUCUUAACACCAUUAGUAGGUCAAAGGAUAUAAAGAAUCUUAACGCUAUUAGUUGGUGAAAGGAUAUAAAGAAUCUUAAUGACAUUAGUAGGUCAAAUGAUAUAAAGAAUCUUAACGCCAUUAGUAGGUCAAAUGAUAUAAAGAAUCUUAACGCCAUUAGGAGGUCAAAUGAUAUAAAGAAUCUUAACGCUUGUCUUACAAGAAAAUCAACCCACAGAUGGUAUAGAUAAUAGCAUACUUAAAAUUCUUGUAUAAAAAUCAUUUCAAAGCAACAUAGUUAAAUAACAACAUAGCCAAAUAAUUAUAUAGCAACAGAGCUACAUAUCAACAUAAGUACAUAGCUACAUAGCAAUAUAGCUACAUAGAUAAACAGCAGGAGACUAAUCAAAAUCAACGUUGAAUAGACAGAUGAGACUCUUUAAUCUUGGAUUGCAACUCAUCUAAGACAAGGAAAUUUUGAAUGCAAACCGGGAGAUGGAACCCCUUGGCGGAUAACAUUGGUACAAUAAGGCAUUCCAACAACUCCUGCAACGCCACUGGUGCUAAGCUGCAUCAUCCACAUAUCAUGUUCCCUUUUGUUAUCCAUUGGCGUGGAGAGAUGCAAUAUGCUGUGUAGGGAACGAGCUUGUAAUCCAAAAUAUAGAAUAAUCCCAGGCCAUGUGGAUUUGGUUCUCCGAAGUCUACACCAUCGUCACAUUGUGACGGACGGACGCCCGACUGAAAGAAGCAGAAAACUUUUUAAAAAAUGUUAUAACACCGAAUGCUAUUGUCUGUUAUUUACUCAUGUUAUUGUUCGUCCUUCGCAUCGGAAGAAGACCAUGCGGCUAUACUUGACGGUGAGUACGCGGGUAGCUUGUGAAUCAUAUCUGUGCCGGGAGAACUUCCCCACAUGAAGGACGCACGUGUUUUGGGGAGCUCUGGUGGUAUCUUACAUUUUUCUUUUAUAUUUUGAGGGUCCGCGAUCAAUUUAUUGAUCAUUCUGGCUCCUUGUUUCGAUUCAGAAUGUGCCUUCUUUGAUAUGAGUUGCCAUGCAAUGCUAACGAGACCCAUCCACCCGGCAAAUCUGCUUCUCCUUCCAGUGUGCUUUGUUUGGCGUGAGCGGUACGUUGACUCUCCGAAAGUGUGAGGCUGUGGGAUUUAAAGCCAGACAGUUUCCUAUGAGUUCAGGUCGAUGUCCAUGGAUAAUAGGGACACUUUAAGGCAAGCUGUUGAAACGUUAUGUUUCUUCUGACCAGUCUUGACCGUAGGUCAGUUGUGUAGGCAGUCUGCUGUCUGACAUUCUCCCAACACUCCCCCGCCUGAAGAAAAAAAAAACUUAACGUAUCCUAAUGGAAAUAACGUGUGGAUUCGGAGAAAGCCAGCCUUUUAUAGGACAUCUAAAGAAGAGACUGCCCUGCUACCGUAUGCCCAGAGGACUCCGUAAACAGCAACACGAUGGAUUGCUUUGUUUCGAACAUGCCUGCUGCAUACUGUCCGGGUUUGAAUUCAGUGUUUCCUUCUCUUAAAUGAGUUGCCAUGCUCUUAGCGAUUCACAACACUGAGCUGUCUCCGCCUUUUGUCCGUUGACCAAGCAGUAGUUCUUCCGCACAAUUUGCACGAUUCAGUCUUUACAUGCUAUAGGGGACAAGCCCUGUUUUCCCGAAAGUUCUAUGCCUUUCGGCUACCCUCAACCUGGAAUCGUUGUCUGGGUUGUGGUCGCUGUGCAUGUUACAGUUUCUUGGAACCACAGGUGAGAGUUGAGUACAGAGACUUCCGGCUGUUUCUCAACAAGAAGUUUUUUUUUCCUAUUCAGCCUAACAGUAGAUCUAUAUUGUAGUUGUAUUUAGAAGGAGAAAUACGUUGAUAACUUCCGGCUACAACAAGAUGGCGGUAUAAUAAUACACAAAAGGAAGGAAUCUCAGCGUGUAGGCGCUUCGGUAAAGCAAGGGAGACAGUUAAAAAUGAAUAUUGGAAAUUGGCUUCUGCGCAAGUAGUUCGAACUUUUAAUUAAUUUUAAUUGUUUUGCGGUUUCAUUCAGGAUCAGAAUUUAUGCUGUUAUCUAAAUAUCUACCGUUAUACUUGCCUUCUAUGGAUCUGCGCUUUUUUGGCCUUCUAAGGAUCUGCCGUUAUACUGGCCUUUUAAGGAUCUGGGAUUGUAAAGGCCUUCUAAGGAUCUGCCGUUGUAAAGGCCUUCUAAGGAUCUGCCGUUGUAUUGGCCUUCUAAGUAAAAACCAGUGUACUGGUCUUCUAAGGAUCUGCCACUAUACUGGCCUUCUAAGGAUCCACCGUUAAACUGGCCUUCUAAGGAUCUGUCAUUGUAAAGGCCUUCUAAGAAUCUGCCGUUAUAUUGGCCUUCUAAGUAUAUACCGUUGUUCUGGCCUUCUAAGGAUCUCCCGCCAAACUGGCCUCUCCCUAACUUUUAGGAUCCCACUUCCUCACUGAACCCUAUUGACAAAAUGUCACAAAAAACGCGGUCAUCUCUCUCUCUCUCUCUCUCACACACACACACACACGCACAUACAUAUAUAUAAUCAAUGUUUUCAAAUUGUUGUACUUCAGAGGCACAACCACCAACCACACUUUGUACCGGCGUGCAGGCCAACAGCAACAAUUUCAAACACACACUCGUGUACGUCCCAGGAGCUGUCAAAGUGGAGUCGGUGGAUCUUGUCUCCCAGCAGUCGGGAAGUCCAUGCACUAAAGGAGUCUCCUACGGUUUUGUUGGGCCGGAUGUGUACGUGGACAAGGGCUGCAGAGCAAUCUUCAACGCUUGUUACAUACCAGGUAAAAGAUUGUUACAUACCAGGUAAAAGCUUGUUACAUACCAGGUAAAAGCAUGUUGAAAACCAGUUAAAUAUUUGUAACAUACCAGGUAAAAGCUUUUUACAUACCAGGUUAUAGCUUGUUGCAUACCAGGUAAAAACGUGCUACAUACCAGGUAAACCCUUGUUACAUACCAGGUAAAAACGUAUUACAUGCCAGGUAAGUGCUUGUUAAAUACCAGGUAGAAGUGUGUUACAUACCAGGUAAAAACGUGUUACAUACCAGGUAAACACAUGUUACAUACCAAGUAAACGCAUGUUACAUACCAGGUAAAAGCUUGUUUACAUACCCUGUAACAUUUAAAAGGUAUCUUGCUUUUUUAUGAUUUAUACUAUUUUUUACAAGCUUUCAUUUUAAAUUCGCGUUCCGUUUCCCGUUAGUGACAAUUUCAGACAUUGCCCCUUCAGCGGGCAAUAAUUGCUUCAGAGUCAGACCACAUGCUAUUAAGAUUGCCCCUUCAAAGUCAGACCACAUGCUAUUAAGAUUGCCCCUUCAGAGUCAGACCACAUGCUAUUACCGUUGCCUCUUCAGCGUGCAAUAAUUGCCUCAGAGUCAGACCACACGCUAUUAACAUUGCCCCCACAGAGGCAAACCACUGCUAUUAACAUUGCCCCCCACAGAGGCAAACCACUGCUAUUAACAUUGCCCCCCACAGAGGCAAACCACUGCUAUUAACAUUGCCCCACAGAGGCAAACCACUGCUAUUAACAUUGCCCCCACAGAGGCAAACCACUGCUAUUAACAUUGCCCCCUCAGAGUCAAACCACUGCUGUUAAAAUUUCCCCCACAGAGGCAAACCACAGCUAUUAACAUUGCCCCCACAGAGUCAAACCACUGCUGUUAAAAUUUCCCCCACAGAGGCAAACCACUGCUAUUAUCAUUGCCCCCACAGAGUCAGAGUAUUGCUGUUUUGAAAAACAGUUUCCAUGCCCAGGGUUUAGAGUAUUAAAUAUUUAAAAUUUGAGCAGAUACGCGAUUUGCAUUUCCGAAGAUGUUUAAUUAAUAUUAUCGGAGCUCCUCUCAGGUUUACCAUAAGUCCUUAGAUGAAAAAAAGAAUGCUCAAUGUUUUCAUCAAAUCCGGCUACCAACUCGUAGUCGGCUCCUAGGAGUACGGCGCACCAGCUUCUAGGACUACGGCGCACCAGCUUCUAGGACUACGGCGCACCAGCUUCUAGGACUACGGCGCACCAGCUCCUAGGACUACGGCGCACCAGCUCCUAGGACUACGGCGCACCAGCUGCUAGGACUACGGCGCACCAGCUCCUAGGACUACGGCGCACCAGCAGCUAGGACUACGUCUGCACCAGCUUCUAGGACUACGGCGCACCAGCUCCUAGGACUACGGCGCACCAGCUUCUAGGACUACGGCGCACCAGCUCCUAGGACUACGGCGCACCAGCUCCUAGGACUACGGCGCACCAGCUUCUAGGACUACGGCGCACCAGCUCCUAGGACUACGGCGCACCAGCUCCUAGGACUACGGCGCAGCCUAUGACAAUGUUAAGCGCUGUACAAAUAAAAGUAAAUUUAACCUACAUAAACUAGUGUUCUUAUUGAAAAGAGUUCCUGUCAUAAGCUUGUCCAAGGUGAGGGUUCAUUACACUGACUGGUAUCUGCGUGCAAUAUCAGAAUCAGGUAAAAUUUCUUUUUAAUGAGCGACAACCGAAGUCCAUUGAUUCAUAGCUGUGAUGGUGCUUGACAGACAACUGUGGCUCACUGAUUCAUUGCUGUGAUGGUGCUUGACAGACAACUGUGGCCAACUGAUUCAUGGCUGUGAUGGAACUUGACAGACAACUGUGGCCCAUUGAUUCAUGGCUGUGAUGGAACUUGACAGACAACUGUGGCCCAUUGAUUCAUGGCUGUGAUGGAGCUUGACAGACAACUGUGGCCCACUGAUUCAUAGCUGUGAUGUUGCUUGACAGACAACUCUGGACCAGAAUAACAGAAUUGUAUAUAACAAGGAACACAAUUGUAUGUAACAAGGAACAGAAGAGCAUAUAACAAGGAACAGAAUAGGAUAUAAGGAGGAACUUGAUUGUUUAUUACUAUAGUAUAUAACGAGGAAUAUUAUAUAAAUAUUAAUUUUAAAAAACAUGUUGUGUAGGAGGAGGGGCCAGUUGUAAAAAGGAAAAUGCCACAUUAGAUCAGAAUAUAAAGAAGAGAUGGGAUAAACAGAAUAAAAUACUAGGCACUAAACAGUCUUGCGGUAUUUUUAAGAAUCUCGUUUACCUCAUUUAUUGGGAAUUUUAUUUUAUGCGCUUUGAACUCACUAUGACCCAAUACUUUCUUUCGUACCUGGAAAAUGAUUUUGGUGGAUUAUAACUUAAGUUUUGUAAAUCCCUGGGUUCUUCUAAUUACCAAUCAACUCAUUAGCAAACCUAUCUGUGUAAUAAUCAACUUAAUACCAUAUUUUUCCUUUAUCUGUGCUAAUUAAAGCUAUUGCAAACCUUUACUAACCAUCUGCACUAAUUAAAUGAAUAUCAUAUUGUUCCCUUAUCGGUGCUAAUUGACGUCAUAGCAAACCUUUGGUUUUCCACUCAGGCAUCAACCAACAAAUCACGUGCUCAAAUGAAGUGACAACUUCAAGGAGAAAGUGUGCUAUGCAAAUUUCCCGAUCCAGUACCACAACGUGAGGAGCCAGUUGUCCAACUCACCUUGUGUUGAGAACCAGAGCUACAACAUUGUCGCCAACAUGGUCAUCGUGAGGGGUGGGUGCAGGAGUGUGUUCAAUGUUGGCACCACCAACACGCCUUGAGUACAACAAUACGCUACAUCAUUUCGACACACCGACCACCCAGAGACCUACGACACACUGACCACCCAGAAACCUACGACACACCGACCCCCCAGAGCCCUACGACAUACCGACCACCCAGAGACCUACGACACACCGACCACCCGGAGACCUACGACACACCGAUCACCCAGAGCUCUACGACACACCGACCACCCAGAAACCUACGACACACCGACCACCCAGAGCCCUACGACACACCGACCACCCACAUACCUACGACACACCGACCACCCACAGACCUACGACACACCGACCACCCACAGACCUUGCGCUACAUCAACAGAAUGCUCAAUGUGUCUUCCUUUUUUCUUCUCAUUAAAAACAUUUAAUAUAGAAUUAGAUCCAUUAAAUUAUAAGUGCUUUCACAUAGAACAUUUUAUGUAAUAAUACAUAGGCAUUUUAUUCUAUGUAAUCCAUAUGUGUUCGUGUCUAUACCAAUAAAUGAAAUAAAUACAUACGUACAUGCCUUCUUAUGUUUAAACAAAAGUUGGAUAAUGGCACGGUUGUUUUCAAGAAAAAUUAUACUAUUCAUAAGGGGGACUGUGCUCAAGCCUUGUGACGUAAGUCAAGAGUGGAACAAGAUAUGCUUAUGCUUGAACAAAAAAAGGCAGUACAAUUAAUAGAUAGGUCCG